AUGACUGAAUCAUCACCAGUGACUGCAUCCUUGCUCCGGUUGAAACUUUUGGAUGCCUUGAGAAGUGGUGACACUUCCAAGAUUGAUACUAUCAUUGGAGAAAUCAAGUCUUCUAAAACAACAAUCCAAAACCAGGAAUUGAGUAGAUUAAAACAGACUAUCUUGCACUAUGCUGUACAAGUUGCUACGUUGCAAACAAUACAAUACUUGGUGGACCAUGCUGAGAAGUAUGGCUUGGACAUUAAUUCACAAGAUCCUCAGGGAAACACACCAUUACAUUUGGCUGCCAUUGCCUCGAGACAAGAUGUUGUCAAGUAUCUUUUAUCCUUGCCCGACAUCAAUGACACAAUUGUCAAUUUGGACAAGAAACAACCUGUUGAACUAUGCAAGAAUUUGAAUUUGGCACAAUUGAUGCAGUUUGAGCGUGCAAAAUUUGUGGAAAGGUCAGCCACUCAAUUGAGACAGUUUUUCAGUAAUCGAGAUUUUGAUAAUUUGGAAAGGUUGUUGGUUUUGAAUCCAAGAGCUUCGGAGUUGUUGGAUAUUAAUGGUGCCGACCCUGAAUCAGGCAACACUGUCUUGCACGAAUUUAUCAAGAAGGAUGACUUGCAAAUGUGUGAUUGGAUUUUGAAACAUGGCGGUGACCCAUUCAAGAGAGAUAGACAUGGAAAAUUACCAAUCGAUUUGGUCAACCCCAAAGAUGAACCGUUGAAAAAAUUGAUUAAAGCUGCCACUCACGAUCAAACCAUUAUGGAUCCAGUUGCUAGUACCACCUCGGCUAUCAAGACUGGUAAUGCCCCUGUUUACAAGGGUUAUUUACGUAAAUGGACCAACUUUGCAGGUGGCUACAAGUUGAGAUAUUUUGUCUUGGAUGAGAAUGGAAUUUUGUCGUACUACACGAACCAGGACGACACAAUCAACUCCUGUCGUGGCUCACUCAAUUUAGGAUAUGCCACGUUACAUCUCGAUUCUUCAGAGAAGAUGAAGUUUGAAAUUUAUGGAAAGAAUGGGUUGAGAUGGCACUUGAAAGCUAACCAUCCAAUCGAAACCAAUAGAUGGGUAUGGACUUUACAAAAUGCCAUUACUAUAGCCAAGGAUAACAUCAAGAAGAAACGUCCCUCCAGAGCAAAUACUACGGCCAGUGAAGGUGUUUCGGCCGAAGAGUUUGAUGAUUCUUCAAUUGCUGAUGAACCUGAAUACCUGGAAAAAAAGAAACAUAGACUUAGAAUUCCAGGAAGAAAUAAACACAAGCGCGAUACUAGUCAAGCAUCGAAGGAAUCAGUUGGUGAUGCCGCUUUUGACAAGUCAGGUGCAGGUUUUAGCAACUCUCGUGCCAGUACCGACUCAGCAUUGGGGUCUCCUAGUGGAAGCACUCGCAAUCCGGCUUCUAGAGCAAGCAUCGAUGAUCAAUACAGUGCUAUCGGGGGUGAUCAAGAAGACUUUGAUUACGAUGCCGACGGAACCGAGCCAGAUGAUGAAGAAAGUGACGUUGAAAAUGAGCAUGAAGUUGACCACUUAAACGACGAAAUUGCUGCCUCGAGAAGAGCUUUGCAAGUUGAGUUGUCUUCCUUGUUGGAAUUGUUUGGUCAGGUUAUGAAUAGCGAUACUUUCCAGCCAAACUCGAAGCAGGCUGAGGUUUGUAUUGUGGGAAACAAUACCAUCCAUGCAAUUAAUGAAUUACUUGGCAAAUACAAUUACAACAUUGAAGCUAGAGAUACGAGAUUAAGAAGGAACUUGGACAGACAAUUGGAGGUUAAUCUGUUGUGGGAAAAAUCUAUUAGGCAAUUGGAACUGGAAAUUCAAGCUAGGGAAGAGAAGCUAGCUGUGUUCCAAGGACAAAGAAAACAAUUGAGAAAAUACUUGUCUGGUAGAGCAACUACUGGUGGAGACACUGCAGGUACUUUGUCACCGGUUGCAACAAAUAACGCCAAUGAUGGAAAUGCCAUUGGUGUUGCCAGUGGUGAAAUCUUGAGCAAGAACCCGGACGAAGCCCAAGUCGACCAAAUUGACUCCAAAUUGGGUGAAGUACAACGUAAUCCCCAAGCUCAAAUUGAUGCUACGAAUCAUCCACCACAUGACUUGGACAAUGGUGUGAUUGAUGAAUUGUUGGGUGAUGAUUCUGACGACGAAUUCUUUGAUGCGGACGAAUUUGAAGAGGAGGAACUGCAAUUGGGAGGUGAAGAUGCAAGAGAAAUUGCUCAAAGUGAUGAAAGGUUGCACGCUGAGGAUUUGGAACACCCAGGCACCUCUAAGCAAGCUGCACCCCCAGCAGAACAACAUGCCCAACAACCAUUGGAGGGACAAGCACCACAGCAACGCGAGCACGUGCCAGAGCAGUCUAUAACUGCUGAAAGGCAAGAACCACAUCAUCCCUCUGAAGCUGCCGUUGGGGCUGGAGCAGGAGCCGCUGCUGUAGGAGCCGCUGGCGCCGAUCAUCACCACCCUCCGCCACCACUGGAGCAAGAAGUUGGCCCUAACGAAGUACCAGAGGGCUCCGAGCUGAUUGCACCAACAGAGGAAACCAAGGUUGACGAACCUCCUCAGGGAACACCAAAAUCGACUGGACAAGCUGUGCCUGGUGAUGAGGAGCUCAAUGAAAGUCAAAGAGCCAUCAAUCGUGAACUUCAAGAGGAAGGUUCGUUUUUGGGCUAUGAAAACCCACCAAGAAAGAAGUUGGCGUUGGAUGAGGAUAACAGACCUAAAGUUGGAUUAUGGGGAAUUCUCAAGUCAAUGAUUGGUAAGGAUAUGACAAAAAUGACGUUGCCCGUUUCCUUUAAUGAACCCACAUCUUUACUUCAAAGAUUAGCCGAGGACAUUGAAUACAAUGAUCUUUUGAACACUGCUGCGGGGUAUGAUGACUCUACCUUGAGGUUAAUUUACGUUGCUACUUUUGCCGCAACAGAAUAUUCAUCAACAAUUGACAGAAUUGCCAAACCAUUCAACCCACUUUUGGGAGAAACGUUUGAGUACUCUAGACCCGACCAAAAUUACAGGUUGGUUGUUGAGCAAGUUAGCCAUCAUCCUCCUAUCAGUGCAUGUCAUGCUACUUCACCCAAAUGGGAAUACUAUGGAGAAAAUGCUGUUGACUCCAAAUUUUAUGGACGUUCGUUUGAUUUCAAGCAUUUGGGAAAAAUGUUUUGCGUGGUGAGGCCUAAUAAUGGAGUCAAGGAUAAGAAUGGUAACAUCGUUGCUGAAGAGUUGUACAGUUGGAAGAAAGUCAAUACUUCUGUUGUUGGUAUCAUGGUUGGUAAUCCAACAGUUGACAACUAUGGUAAAAUGAUUGUUGAAAAUCACACCACUGGUGAUAAGAUAGUCGUGGACAUGAAGCAGCGUGGUUGGAGAGCCUCAUCUGCUUAUCAGUUAUCUGGACAGGCGUUGGAUAGAAAUGGAACACCACAAUGGGCGUUGGGAGGACACUGGAAUUCCAAGAUUUUUGCCAAAAAGAUCAAUCAAGAUCAAUUGGACUCACUGGGGAACACAAGAAAAAUGUCCAUUAUGGAAGACCCAAGCAAAGCAGGAUCCGGCAUUACAUCCACUGACCCUUACUCUGGAUCCAAAUUCUUGGUUUGGCAAGUUGCACCAAGACCAAAAGUGCCAUUCAACUUGACACAAUUUGCCUUAACUUUGAAUGGUAUUGACGAUAAAUUGAAACCAUGGUUGGCUCCAACCGAUACCAGAUUACGUCCUGAUCAAAGAGAUAUGGAGAAUGGAUUAUACGAUCGUGCCGCUGAUGAAAAACAUCGGGUUGAGGUGAAGCAGCGACAAGCUAGAAAGUAUCGUGAAGAGAAUAAGAUUACGUAUGUGCCCAACUGGUUCAUUAAGAAGAAGCACCCUGUCACCGGUGAGCUGUAUUGGGAGUAUAAUGGGAAGUAUUGGCCUGCUCGUAAAGAGCACAAGUUGGGAGAUACGGGUGACAUUUUUUAG